AUCCAGAGUUAAAAUCAUUCUCUUGAUUUCAUUGGCGCAGGUAAAAUUGAGAUCUAAUGAGAAAUCUCUCUUGUCCAUUUUUAUUCUCCCUCGUUAAUCAACUUUAACUCCAUCAUUUAUCAUCAUUUAAUCGUCUUCUCAAUUAAUCUAGUCUAUUCAAUUAAACCAUCAACCUUUUUUUGCCAGUGUUUUUAAUUGAUCAACUGUCCAAGUGCAAGUUAACUGGUAAAUGUUAAAACUGGUCAACUCAAUUCUUCCAUCAAUCAUAGAUUCGUUUUCUCUCUAAUUUGGUUAAUUUUUUCUUCUUCCUCUUAAAUCUUUUUUUAAACCUAAUCAACGCUUUAAAGUACUCAUCCAUGUCAUUGAAAUUAAUUGUAUGACCCUUCAUCAACUGUCAAACAAUCGUCUUGAAAACUGUCUCACAUUUUACCCAACUCACAGUAACCCAAAACCCAAUGAACCCAACAAUGAAAUAAUUUCUCCCAUUGAUCAACUUUACACAUUUUAAUAUCAUCACCAACUUGCCAUUUAAACAGCUACAAAAAAAGGAUUAACUAUUCAACUGAUUGUGUUUCCUCACUGACGUCAAAGUUUUCACCUCUCUUUUGGUUUCCUUUUCAUUCUGUUUUUUGUGGUUUUUUUUCACCAACAUUUCCACUCUUUAUUUUCACUUUUGUGCUUGACUUGAUAAACAAUGGAACUGACAUCAAAGGCAACAACAACAACAACAACAACCACGUCAAGUUUUACAAUCAAAAAUUCUGCAAAUAAAAAUAUUGCCACACCAACAACCACAACAUCAACCCCAACCACACCAACCAUGAAUGAAUCAACCUGUGAAAAUGAUUUACGUAAAAAGCCUCAACUGUUUCACUCGGUCAGCAUAAUUGUUGAACCAGUUCUAGAUGAUGAUUCAAGUAGCAUACCGUUAGUUUUAACUCCCAGUGAGGUUACAACAGGGAACGAGAAUACAAUAAUGCCUUCUGUAUCACCAACAAGUCCAGUUCUUGAUUACGAUGAUUUCAUAUUCGAAUCCGAGAGUCAACGAAAGAAAAGCCAAGAAGAAGAUGAAAUUGUUCAAGCUUUGAUGGCAAAUGCUCAACUACGAAAAGAGGAAUUUGCUCGGUUAUUGGAUGAACAUGCCCAACUGGUGAAUGAAAUUAAUCGAGCUGAAACAACUUUAUUGUGAUGAUUAUGGUUUAAUUGGUUUACUCUGGGCUGGACUAGCUUUAUAUAUCUUGAUAUUCACCUCUCGCACUUGGAUUAUACCGUGAACCAGAAUUGAAAUUUUAAAGGGAAAGGAAUCAAAAUGGAAAGUUUCUUUUGCUUUUACCUGUGAAAGUGAAAUGAACACAUUAAAUAUACUUAAUUAUAUAUUGAAUUAUGGACAACAAACUGACCACAAACAAACCAAAUGUCUUCACUUAAUCUUUCCUUUUCUUCUUCUCUUUCCUUCAACAUCUUUUAACAGAAACAAAACUAUUUUCAUUCCUCAAUCAACAUCCCUUACAAAAAAUAUUGAGUAAAUUAUCCUUCAAUUGUUAGUAAUAAAGAUAACAAUGAUAAUAAUAUUAAU